AUGCCGAAAAAGAACAACAGCAGCAGCAACAGCAACAGCAACAAAAGCAUGCCGUCACCAUUAAAAGACAAGACUUUAGAGUCUAUUGUACAGUUAAUCAAGGACAAGAAAGCUAGCAAGGUGAUUGUGAUGACCGGAGCGGGCAUAUCGACGGGCGCAGGGAUUCCCGACUUUCGCACCAAGGGCACGGGUCUUUAUGACAACCUGCAAAAGUUCAAUUUACCCUAUCCCGAAGCCAUCUUUGAUAUCGACUUUUUCGAGGAAAAGCCUGAACCAUUUUAUGCACUAGCCAAGGAAAUCUAUCCUGGCAAGUUUUACCCUACAAAGACACACUACUUUAUCCGACUGCUGCAUGAAAAGGGCCUACUGCUGCGCAACUUUACACAGAACAUUGAUACCUUGGAGCGACUGACAGGUCUUGACCAUGGUAUGAUCGUUGAGGCACACGGUAGUUUUGCCACCGCAUCGUGUAUUGGAUGUCACAAGCAUGCUGAGGAGGAAGUCGUACGGGAACGCGUGAUCCAGGCAAAAGUAGCGCGGUGCGAAGAUUGUGAUGGCUUGAUCAAACCGGAUAUUACCUUCUUUGGUGAAAGUUUACCCAGACGAUUCUUUGAUCGACUUGAUGAUUUUGAGGAGGCAGACUUGCUCAUUGUCAUUGGCACAAGCUUAAAGGUGCAACCCUUUGCAUCGCUCAUUGACGAUGUUGAAGAUCAUGUACCUCGUCUUUUGAUCAACAAGGAACUAGCUGGCGCAAGCAAUUCAGCAAAGUCAGGGUUCGAUUUUAAGUGGAAACAUAAGCGUCGCGACGUGGCUCAUUUGGACGACUGUGAUGCCGGCAUAGAAAAGAUGGCCGACUUGCUAGGUUGGAAGGACGAGUUGCACGAAAUGUUCCGAAAAGGAAACGAAAAGCUUAAAGCACAAUGGAGUGCAGAGGAAGCACUGCUGGCAGUCAAGAAUGAGGAGGAGACAACAGAAGAAGCACCAGCAGAAGAGAAGGAAGACAAAGAAAUCGAGGCCCUGGCAGAGGAACUGGAAAAGCGACUCAAAGUACCUGCGGAUCGCAGAGAAGGCGAAGAACGAGUCAAAGAAGAAGUCAAAAAGAAAACUCCCAAAAUGUAG